UCCAUGGACGAAAGCAUAGGAGAUAGGAGGACCGAUAUAUUAUUACACGUGAUCAAUUAGGUUGGUGCACCUGAUCGUUCAAAAAUAAGUAAUACAGCAUAAAUUUGAUUAAGCCGUUACAGGUGUCUCACGUUUCUAUGAAUUUCUGAAAGAAUUGGAUAUAAAAAUCGAUCUAUUUUUGCAUUAAAAUUGUUAUACUCGGCGGAAUAUAAGGUUAAAAUGAACAAUCGACGAAGACGUGCUAAUGAUUUCACAGAUUCCUUAACCAGUUUUCAUCAAACAAUACCCGAAGAAAAACAGAAUUUGAUUGCAUCGCAAAGAGAUUUAGAGGACAACUCAGAAAUCGAUUCUAUAAGAAACACACAAUAUAAAAGUGAUAGGCACAUCUAUCUAAGCAAUAAUGAAUCUCGUGCUUCUAUUAUCAUAGCAGGUAGUUUAGACAAUCAGCAAUAUAUUUCAUCAAAUCUCUGUGAGAUUGCUGAGCACGAUAGUAAUAUCACAUAUAAUAAUAAUCAAUCUUUAUUAAGAAACAUAUUAAGUGUGUCAGAUGAAACAUCAUAUUUGUCAUUGAAACCUGAUUUAAAUAAAUGUAUAAAUCUGUUUCAUAACGAGCAUAUAAGCAAGGAACAUCAUACUUUUGAAGAACAUCCAAAUUAUGAUUCCAUGUUAUCUGAGAUUAAAGUUAACAAAGAUAUCGAUCAUUGUCACUUAAAGAAAAAUAAGACUGUAGAGGUGCAAUGUGAUUUAAUUAGAGAUCGUCCAUGUGCUUUGUCAUUAAACUCAUUGGAUGAUGUAACCAUAUCAAUAAAGAACAAAGAUGUAAUUAACAAAAAACUUCAAAGAUCUAAAAGCUGUAGUAUGCUUAAUAGUAAUUUGAAGAGGGAUACAAAUCAUAAUAUUAAAGCUAGAUACUUUUCUGUAGCAUCUGCAAAUACUGCUACAAAAAGUAGCCAUGAGAAAAUUGACCCAACUCUAUUUAAUGCAUUGUCAUUGUCAAAGCUUUCUAUUUUACCAAACAAGAAGAAUGAUUUCCAUUCUACUGAAGAAGAUCAGAAGUAUGAUUUAACAAAUAGCGAGACUAGUUCAAAAGAGCAAGUUAGUUCUUUUGAAUUAAAAACAUUUUUACAUUCAUUGGAACAUCAAAAGCCAUUGAAAGAGACAGUUGUGCAAGAAUGUUUACUGAGGCGCUUGUCUGCAAACUUCUAUAAUUCACCUAAAACUUUUACAGAAAAAUUACUAACGAUUAUUGAAGAAUCAGUUAUAAAUGAUGAUUCUUGUGCACAAUUAGAAUACCCAGAAGUUAGCUUAUGUAGAUUAACUGAAGAACUGCGAAAAAUGUGCAAAUUUAUAGAGGAUGAAACUAUUCCAGAAUGGCCUCAGUCUCCAAGUAUGUCGACAUCAAUUUGUAUGAGACAAAGAAGUCGAGGACCUAAAUCUCCCUUGCGGAAAUCUCUUAAUGCUUUUGUAUCUCGAGAUAAAGGAUUAUAUUUAGACACAUCUGUUUCUCCUCGAUGCAAAAUUAAAAGUUCGAAGAAAAUUUGUCAGCAUACAUUAAAAACACCAAAAAAUAUUGUAUAUAAUACGAAAAAUCCAUUGCAUGAUAGCACAAGUACAUUUGAAUCUUUAGAGGCAUUUUGCGAAAAACUUUAUGCUGACGAAUGCAGAGCUCUUCCAAUAAGAGAGGAAAAUCUAUUACAGUCUCCCUUGAAAAAUAUAGAGAGCAUUUUAGAUGUAUGUGAAAAUCAAAUGGCUUCUUUGGAAAACUCGCUUGACAUUCGUGAACAACUCAAGAAAGCUGCAACGUUUACUUCAAAUUUGGCAAGCCAAUGUAAUAAUAAAGUACCUGAAACACAGAAUCUUCAACACAGAUUGCUUACCCAUGAAGAAUACAAUAAGACAGAUUCGAAGAAAAUAUCUGAUACAUUUAAGCAAUGGACCAAAAAUAAUAAAUCUUAUGAAACGAUUGAACCAGAUGAUUUGGAAAAUACGAUCAUGUAUGAAAUUGCAAAAAAGAGACAAAGAUGUCUCGACACGGCGAAGGUAAUAAUGGAAAUUGACACGAAUUCGGAGCUGGUAGAGGCGCAACAAAUAUGCCCAAACAUUGUCAUCAAUGAAUCCUCAUCGACUAAUGAUGCUAAAUUCAUGGAAACACUAAUGUCUGUCAAGAGAUAUCAAGAGUAUUUGGAAGAGCACAAAUCUAUAUUGAAUUUAUUUCGACCUAGAUCAUGCAGUUCUCGUAUUCCUGACAAAAAAGAUGUUCAAAUAAAGAAGAUAUCCAGAGAAAAUUUCGGUUCUCAUCUAGGAGAUAAAGUCGAGAAUACGAUAUUAAAAGAACGGGAGUUUUCAAAAAUGAGAAAGAAGAGUAGAAGUCCUUUACUAGCAAAAUGUUCUACUAAUAAACCAGUUGUUUCAAAACCAAGAUUAUUUGUGACUCCUGGAAAAAUGCUUGUUAACAAGAGUUGUAAGCCAAAGCGCACAUACUUUCCUAAUUUAGUGGUCGGAAUGAAUAAAGAAAAAGACGUUAGUUCGCAUCCAAAAAGUAUUUAUCGACAAAUAGAAAAUUACGAUCAUGUAGUAUCACCAGUUGGAAUGUAUAUAAAGGGUACGGAUCCUCAUCUGAUGAAAAAUUUACGACCUAAAACAGACGAAAAUCUAUUAACACCUAGAAAAAAGCAGAUUAUGCGAUCUCGCAGUCCAAAACCGAAGUUUCGACUAUCUCCGAAACAGACAAAAGAGACAAUGACUAGAACAGUGGUAAGAGAUGAGAAUAUUGCUCAUAAUUUUCUACAUCCAAAAGUGCAUUACAAGCUCCCAUCGCAUGUACGGAUCAUAAAAGAAACAGAAAAUCGAAAAGUGGGAAACCGCAUAAACGAAUUAUUACGUUCAACACAAGAUAAAGUCGUGAUUCGACACGAAGGUCGAAUAAAAUCAGUUCAAACAGAUUGUUUGAAGCAACCUGAAAUUCAUUACGAUUCCGCAGAAGAAUCCGUGCAUAUUGAGCAAACAGCUCGUAAAACGUGCUUUUCUCGUGUACAAAAGAAUUAGUAGCUGUUACUCUAAUAUGAUUUGCUCUAAUUUGUUAACUGGAGAUCGAUAAUGCAUUAUAAAGAAUGAAAUACUAUAUAAUACAUGUUAAUUCAUAUUUUCAUAAACGUCGUAUAUCAAUUUUUUUAUAUAUGAGAUGUAAAAUGUUUCAUUAAAUGUGCAAUUUAAAUUAUCUUUUUUUCGUCGUUAAUUAUUUUGCGCUUUCAUAAAAUCAUAUUUUAUGGCAUGCUAUCUUAUUCCAUGCGAUUGAGUAGCCCUUUUUCUAAAGAGUUAAUCACAAUUAUAACUAUGCUGUACAAUUCAAUUUCUUACUUCCGCUAUAUCGACAGCAAGAAUAAAUUUAUUUUUCGUAUAGCUUCUUGGAGUUUCUUAAAGAGUAGGAUAGUAUACAUAACAAAAAAAAAAGAAAUGUACAUCUAGAUUAAUCUAGAUUCUCAUUUUUAUCUAAUAGUAUCUGUUGCUCAAAAUGCUGCAUAAGAUAUAUUAGACGAAGCAAUAUAAAUAGAAGAUAAAAGCGAGCACGGAUGAUUUUAACUGGAACAACGAAUUUUGAAGAGAGAAGUUUUAUGAGAGAUAUCCUAAGAUACGUCAUGGGGAAAUAGUGCGUUUAAUGGUAAAAGGCCAAUUUGAAAUGUCUCGUAGAAUGAAUCAGUGCGCGGAAAUCUACCGCGUAGUAUUAUAGCAUGUAGGAGGUUUCGCAAGUUCUCUCGUUAUCAAUAUAAAAUUGACUACACGGCCCUGAGGAGUUGCGCAUGGUACGCAUGUUGACAAUUGCACACGCUGCGCGUUAUGUUUGUCAAGUCACACGGAAUAAAACCUAGUUGUGGUGGGGAACGAUCGAUAAAUACGAAGCCGCGACGUCGUACCGUCAAGUAAGCAUUCCGCUGCAUUAUCUGAGAGUUCGAGUCUCGACAAGUGAAGCGACAAGACAAAGCCGAUCAAAAUGCCGGGACCAGGAUGCGACAAGUGCAAGGACAAAUGCAAGGAUUGUAAAUGCAGUGACAACUGCUCGUGCUGCGACUCCGGAUGCAAAG